GACGAUUUUAUCUCUGGAACUUUAUGUGAAAGACUAACUCAGCUGUUGGAGCCCAUAUCUGGCUUGUCUAAACCUUCUUUUCAACAAGAAUCCAGAUCACAAGGACCUCCAAUCAAUAAUUUUAUCGACAAAAGUAACCUAAUUUUAAAAACUGCAUCUUCUAAUCAUCAUAUGGCAAGCCCAUCUUUUAAUGGAGAUUAUUCUAUUCCACUUAGAACAGUAGAAAAUAGAAAUAUAAAUGAAUACCACGGAUCUACUCGCAACAUAGAUAAUAUUGGGCCACUUAAAAGUUCGACUGGUAACAACCGGUUAGAUUAUUUAGUAUAUUCACCAGAACUAAACUAUAGUAAUGGAAGACAAUUAAGUUCAGGAGAGAGUUCUCAAUUCUGUUCUCAAACUCCUAUUAGUGUAUACACUCCGCCACAUUCACGGAAUACAAGCCCUGACGGUCUAUCAUUAUUAAAAAAUUUGUCUGUUGCUCAACUUGCUGCUCUUGCUCCAUAUGGCUGCUAUCAAUCGUCUCCAGUUAUGCCUUACACCCGGUAUUCUCCUUCAUCUCUUACACCAACACCACCAGCAACGCCAGAUUACAAUAUUUUAUCGCCGUUAUCAACAAAUCAAGAAAUAGAACUUGCUCGUAGAAGUUUACAAAUGUCUAAUUUUGGAAUGCCUGUUGGAACGGAUUAUCCGUUAGAGAAUAUAUUGAUGGAUCCUCGUUGGAACUCUUUAGGAGACUACUAUAGCGCCUCACAGGACAUCCUUGAACUUGAAAGACAAGCUCAAAACAAUAUUCACGAAUCUUGUGAGCCGUCGUUUACUUGGAGUGGUCAAUUACCAGCCAGAAAUUAUAAAAACCCAAUUUAUUCAAACAAAAUAUUUUUAGGAGGAGUGCCUUGGGAUAUUACUGAAACCGGACUUCAACAAGCUUUUCGUCCCUUUGGCCCUGUUAAGGUUGAAUGGCCUAAUAAAGAUAUGAAAAUCCAGAGAAAUCCACCUAAAGGAAGAGGCUACUGUUAUUUGCUAUUUGAGUCGGAAAAGUCAGUUAAAGCGCUUCUUUCUAAUUGCACUCACGACUUUUCUAGUGGCGGCGAUUGGUACUACAAAAUAUCAAGUCGUCGUAUGCGGUGCAAAGAAGUUCAAGUUAUUCCAUGGGUUCUAAGUGAUAGUAACUUUGUACGCUCUACAUCCCAGAAACUUGAUCCUAAUCGAACUAUAUUCGUUGGCGGUCUCCACGGAAUGAUUAAUGCAGAGGCACUCUGUCAAAUAAUGGAUGAUCUUUUUGACAACGUAAUCUACGCAGGAAUAGACACAGACAAACAUAAGUAUCCAAUAGGGUCUGGCCGUGUCACUUUUAGUAAUCAUCGAAGUUUUAUGAAAGCAGUUCAGGCUGCGUUUAUAGAGAUUCGUUCAACAAAGUUUACAAAAAAAGUUCAAAUAGAUCCUUAUCUAGAAGAUUCAAUGUGUAGCACUUGCCAUAUUAAUCCAGGACCUUUUUUCUGCAGAGAGCCUCAAUGCUUUAAGUAUUUUUGUCAUUCAUGUUGGACCUGGCAUCAUUCUCUCGAAAGCCUCCGUUUACACAAACCAAUGACAAGACAUAGCAAAUCCAUAAACGGUAUGAUGUAUUACUAGUACGUGUUUAUGUGUCUGUUACGUUAUUAUAAUAUAUAAAUAAUAUUAUCCUUGUACAUUCGAGUUUUUCACUUUACACGCAGUUUAAGAUUUAUAAUAAAAUUUUAGUGAGAGCUUUCAUUUUCUAGUUUUUAUCGCCGAUUGUACUUUUUUUUAAAUGUGUAACAAUGUUUGUUUUAAAAGUUUGUAAAAAAUAUCUUCUCUAAAUAUCUAUUUAUUUACGACAUUUUAUUUGAGCUUUUUUUGAAGUAGUAUAUAUAUAUAUAUAAAUACGAGUAUAAUACUCGAGUCUUUACCUGCGUUCGUGUUCUUUUUU